AUAUUACCCUUUUUCAAAGGGCUCAAGGUUUAUCAAACAUCCUCACCUUAAACCCUAGCCUCUAUUCCUCUGUUAUUCAACAGUUAUUAUGGGUGGUUCACGGCGAAAAUACAAGAGAUCAAGAACAAAAGUUCGAGUGGGUCUCCCAAAAAAGAACCCUAAUGUAUUCAAACCCGCGUUUUCACUCCCACCAAAGCUGAAGUCACUAGUGAACUCACAUUGGGAUGAUAAGGGCAGCGUAAUCGACAAUUACAAGUCAUUCGGCGUCGUUUCGAACCCUAAUUUGCUUGGUGUUCGUUGCCGGACAUCUCAUAUGAUUGAAACUGAUAGCCUUCAGGUGCCGCCGCCGAAGAAGAAACAGAAACCUAUGGAUAUGGAUGAUGACGUGGAUCGGUUUGAGGAUUUGGAUGAUUCUGCUAGUGACGUCGAGGAAGAUGAUCUUAAGUCAGCACUUGGGAAGAAACGAAGGGAUGGAAAAAGUGCUCCUCUGCAACCACUGACUUCCAUACAACGAAUUUACAUUAGCAGGCUUGUAGAGGAGUAUGGAGAUGAUUAUCAGAGCAUGUUCAUGGACACAAAACUAAAUAAAAUGCAGCAUUCUGUAGCAACACUAGAGAAACUGUGCAAAAGAUAUCACAUGUACAAGGAUAAAAAUCCAUUACUUGUUGGCAGUUAAAGACAGUCCGGGGAAAAUCCAGUACUUCUUGACAAUGUGAUACUAGCUGGGUCCAGUACUCAGGGUAGGGUCACUCGUUCAUUGUGGCUGAUCUGGUGGCUUUGCUUUUUUUUUUCCUCCUCUUUUUGGUUUAUAAGUUUUGAAUAUAAGAGCAGGCGGUUGGUAUGAUUGUUAGCCAAUCUUUUCUCAUCAGUGUGCUUGUAGUAGGCUGCAUUUACGGAAGUGAUGGAAAUGAAGAGAGCCCAGAUGCAAUAUUUAGCUUAUUUUCAUAUCUUUAGAAUUUCCGUGAAUCUUGUGGUUUCAUUGUGAAAUGAGAUUAUUAUCAGA